AUGGUCUUCGAAUUCAUUCCUCUCAAUCAUAAGGUUUGUAAAAGUCCAGUGAUCAAAAUGGCUAACCUCAACAGUACUAACGGUGACGGCGUUAAGGUUGCUAGGCAUGCAAACGGCUGUUUCGGAAGCUGUAUGUAUGGAUGCGAAGCCAACUCCAUCGCUCUCACCAAGUACUGCCAUCUGCACAUUCUCAAGAAUAGAAAGCUUAAACUCUACAAGGUUCGCCCAGGAUAUGGCAAUGGUGUUUUGCGUAAGACGGAUCCAGAGUUAACCUUGAAGCAUCUACCUGAUGACUCUCUUAUUCAGCUGGUCAAAAACCCUUGGCCUAACGUUGUUGCUGAGUGUUGCUGA